AUGCCGAUCGCGGCCCUUCCCCAGACCACUGUUCGAGCAAUUGGCUCAACUUCUGUCAUUUCAGACCCCUGCUCCAUUGUCAAGGAGUUGCUGGAGAAUUCUCUUGAUGCACACGCCACUGCAAUUUUUAUAGAAAUCUCCCAGAACACAGUCGACGUCAUCCAGGUAAAGGACAAUGGACAUGGCAUUCCGUCCGAGGAUCAUCCUUUCGUCUGUAAACGCGCCUUCACCAGCAAGAUAGAGACGGUCGAUGAUCUGAGGAAACUCGGCGGAAAGUCGCUAGGCUUCAGAGGUGAAGCGUUAGCCAGUGCUGCCGAAGUUUGCGGAGGAGUGACGGUCACGACUAGAGUUCAAGCGGACCCAGUUGGCUUCUGCAUGAAAUAUGGGAGAAAUGGCGAGCUCCUCAGUACUCAACGUGCCUCGCAUCCAGUUGGUACAACCGUGCGAGUAACGGAUCUCUUCAAGAACAUACCAGUCCGCAGGCAAACGAUACUAAAAAGUACCGCAAAGACAAUAGCCAAGAUCAAGAAAAUUAUACAGUCGUAUGCCAUCGCUCAACCCACUAUAAGGCUCUCAUUGAAGGUUCUUAAAGCUCCUAGCGAAAAGGCGAACUGGGUUUACGCCCCUGGAAAAAAUGCCUCGCUCAUGGACGCAGCACUCAAAGUUGUCGGCACUGAGGUCGCUUCUGCUUGCGUAACCAAGGAGUGGCCGUGUGGAAACGAUUUAGAUGAGGAGUCUGGGAGUGGUAAUGACUCUUCUUUUCAGCUGACAGCCAUACUUGCGAAUCCUGGAUCAGAUUACACAAAAGUGAAUAAUGCGAGUCAAUUCUUCAGUGUGGACGGCAGACCUCUUUCAGCAACUCGGGGCAUUGGACAGGAAAUCUCAAAACUGUACAAGUCCCAUCUACGAGCAGCUGCUUCGCGUAGCGGCGCUUUCUCGAACAUAUCAGAUCCAUUCCUUUGCUUGCAAAUCCGCUGCCCGGAAGCCUGUUACGACGUGAAUGUUGAACCAGCCAAGGACGAUGUUUUAUUUGAGAAUCAGCAAGAUGUUCUCUCGCUUGCAGAAGAUCUAUUCAAGGACGUUUACGGUGAAACCCCUGCUGGAACUGAGACGCGCAAGAGUUCCUCCAAAGGGAAAGAAAGGACGGCAAAUAAUGACGCCUUCGAACUACUUUUAGCUCGUAAAGACACCCCUGAAUGUUCUGUCGAAACUGUGAAUGACGGUAACAAGCCACCAAGCUUCGUCAUUGCUAGCUCACUUUUUCAUAUGAGGAGCAGCCCGAAGAAUGGCCGACACGAACAGCGAUUAUUCUCCGAUGGAACUCCAGGUGCCUCUGGUCAUGCAAGAGCCAGAGAUUUAGAGGGCCUCAAUCCAUGGUCAGUGACACGACUGUAUGCCCCUUCUGGAGCUCCAUCCCAUAAAGCUCCGUCGAGGGUUCCAACAGGGUCCGCACGGCUGCCUCGUGCAGCGCAGGAACUGGAAUCCAGGUCUACGAUUGAUGCAUCUCCGUUGCGCUCAGCACAUUCCGCUUCGCCGAGUGCAUCUACGCCUAAUUCGAAUCGACUGUCACACUCCCCAGCCGAGUCUCACUCUUCUGCUUCGGUCUCCGACCUGACGCAAACUUCGCCAAUCACGCCAUUACACGGUCCAUCCGCACGAUUAAGAGCUUCAAGGCAGCGCGACAAAGAGCGUUAUGGUAACGGUGCUCUCGAUACGUGGUUCUUGAAGACCACGCAAGCAUCAGUUCCUCAGGAACCGGUUGAGCAGCGUCCGGAAAACGAGCAUGAUGAGACUCCGUUGUCGCAGCUAGCGCAGAACCGAUUUGCACAACCUGAACGUCCGCCAGUCACUUCAGCCACAACGGCCCCUCAGAAUCCCACAGUGACUUCAGGAAGUCCAGGACCAUCUGAGGAGGCGACGAGCACAGUCGAAUCGUCAGUCAUCAGCCGGAGUCGCGCUUCAGAGCCUUCGUCAAGACGGCUGGACCAAUGGUCUGCAAAUCUGCACGGACUGGCGAAUGCUGACCAUAACCCCGACCUGGAAAGGGUCCUUGACUUUGAGAAGCGCAAGAGAGAAGUGAUCACAAAGUUGCGGGAGCAGAGAAAGAAUGCGUCCGCCGCGAAUUCACCCCAUGUGAGCAGAUAUCUUGCUGCCAAAGCCGCUUUGCAGCCCGAAGUCAAUAACGGCAAUGCCGAGCCGGAGCAAUUGAUCUCUGUAACCGACAGCUCAAGUCCUCGUCUGAACCCACAUGAUCCAAGGUCUUAUCUCAUGCGCAAUAAGAGCUCGCAUGAUCAAAGGACGCUUGAUUCGGAUUCGGCCAAAAUCCGACGAAUCCAAACAAACAAGUUACCAUUCGAGAAGAUAGCCGAGGGGUGCGAAUUGCAUGAUUUAUGCCUGGUGCAGCCUGCAGAUAUUCGUCUGAUCUCCGAGCAAUUUCGCGACUUAUAUGAACAUGAUCUAUAUAUACGAGAGGAAGAUACUUUCGCAGGGUUUACUGCUGCGGAUCUACAAUUCCUAAGCUUAUGGGAGAGUCAAUUGUCCUCAUUAAUCAAGCAAAAGUUUCGAACUACGCAAGGUUCAGACAUCCCUACUAUUCAGAUAAACCCCUCCGAUAUACAUCAGCAUCUGGGUGACCUUGAUAUGGGUAGCUCAUCUGCAUCUGCAUGA